AUGAAGGGUAUUUUAAGGUUUGGCAGGAAAGGGAAGUUGAGUCCAAGAUUCAUUGGACCUUUCGAGAUCCUGGAACGAGUUGACCCUAUAGCUUACCGUUUGGCCUUGCCCCCAGCAUUGUCUUCAGUUCAUAAUGUCUUCCAUGUUUCGAUGCUAAGGAAGUACGUGGCAGACCCAUCCCAUGUAGUUGACUACGAGCCCUUGCAGUUGAAUGAUAACUUGAGCUACGAGGAGAGGCCCAUAGAGAUUCUUGCCAGAGAAGUAAAGACAUUGCGCCGUCGGGAAACUGCUUUUGUGAAAGUUUUGUGGUAG